CGCGUUCGGGGCGUUCCUGGAUGUGGAUGAUGACUUCUGCGGCGGCCCGCUCGUUUCUGGCCGUCGUGUCGUUGUUCGCGCUCGGCGAGGGUAAGGCGAAGAAGGGCGACAACUUUUGGGGUUUCCUCGACGACAUGGCGAGACAGGGGAACGAGGAAAGUGACGUUGUCACCGUGGCAGAGAUGCUCGACCACGGCGCAGGCAUGCAGGUCAUGGACUGUGGCAAUAAGCAUGAUGUGAUGUACGUGGCGCGCACGAAGUUCAGCCUGGAUAACCUUCAGGUGCGCGCGUACGGCAACCUCUCGCGCAGCGUGUCGGGAGGCAUGGUCAGCGUACAGAUGUACAAGGGCUCGGCCGCCGGCGGGUCGUCCACUUCAGACUGGAUGAAGCGAGAGCUUGUGUGGCACAGCGUCCCCCACAAGUACGAGGAGGAUCUGUGCACACAUCUCGGCAAGAAGCACAGCAGGUGCCGGUGUCCCCUCCCCCCGGGCUACACCGAACUGAGCUUCGCUCUCGACAAGCUGCCGCCGAUGGUGAUCGCGGGUGCCUACAAGCUGAAAAUCAGGGCAAUCGAUGCUGCUGGUAAGGACGUGGCCUGCCUGCGGGUGCAGGUGGAGGUACCGCGCGGCAGGGGUGGCGAACUCUUCCGCAGGGUUCCGGCGCUGCCCAGUGCUAGCGGCGCACGAGCUCUGGCGUCUGCAGUCGGCGGGCACUGCCUUAGCGACUUCUCGGAUCCGGUAUGCGGCGAUGAUGGCGAGACCUACGCGAGCGCUUGCACCGCCCGCUGCGCCAAUGUUAGCGUGGCGUAUCCAGGCAGGUGUAGCAAUCAGACGGCUCGGGUUGGGAGGUCGCUCACUGCACAGGAGCUUUCGUUCGCCCCCGAGGUAAAAGCGGAAGAUGGAUGGUACACGUUGGAACUGGGACAUAAGUUUAUCGCAAACGGGGCGUAUGGGAUCAUGUCGAGGGGAUACGUGGACGGGCCCACGUUCCGCAUGAAGCCUGGCGAUACUCUUUCUCUGAAUCUUGUCAAUAAUCUAGACCCCGUCAACAAUGUCGACUGUGGCGUCACCGGGACUGAGUUUUGCCAUGCUUCCACUACGAACUUCCAUACGCAUGGCCUGCACGUCUCUUCCAAGGGCUCGGAUGAGCUGGCGUACGCAAGCGACGAUGUAUUUUCAGAGGUGGACCCCCAGAGCUCCAAGCAGUACCAGUUCAGCAUCCCCGACUACCACAUGGGCGGCACGCAUUGGUACCACCCGCACCGCCACCACGCCACCGCUCUCCAGGCUGGCGGUGGUGCUGCCGGUGCGCUCAUCGUGGAGGACCCCCCAGGUUAUCUACCAAAUGCGUACAGCAGCAUGGUCGAGAAGAUCCUCUUCAUCUCGGGCCAUAACCUGGUCACGCUGCAGGAGAUCGCCGUCGACGCGCAGUCUAGCAACGGGGAUGCCGAGAUCCUAACUAAUGCGGUGCAGGUCGCGGAGAACCAGGGUCUCGAUACGAAUGUCUUCCUUGUGAACGGCCAGCUCGGGCAGACCAUGUCCAUCGACUCUCAUGUGUGGCACCGCUUGCGCAUGGUCUACGCGGCAGUGGAGCAGACGCUUACAUUGAGCACUACAGGAGACGCUACUUGCACAUUGCAACUGCUUGCCAAGGACGGCGUCUACCUGAACGAGAUCCCGAGAGAAAUCACCGAAAUCCACCUCUACCCGGGAGCUCGCUCGGACGUUGCCAUGUCCUGCGUAUGCACAGGAGUCGCCUAUCCUUGCACUGCGACCUUGAGCUCCGCCCCUGGGCGCAGGCUCCAAGGCGGCGGGGGCGGCGGAGGCGGCGGGGGCGGCGGAGGCGGCGGGGGCGGGGGGGGUGGGGGCGGCAUGGGCCAGGGUGGCCCAGGCCCCAAUCGGCCCACCGUCGACGUGGCAGAGGUGGCCCUUCUCUCUCUCUCCAUCGCAGAGACCGCCGGCGGUGCGGUCGAGGCGCUCCCGAUCACCACGCUGGAGCGCCCGUGCUACCUCGCGGACCUGCGGCAGGCCACGGUGCCCGAGGGGCACACGGGCGCCCUGGCCCUGAACGGUGGCGCCUUGACGGUGUCGUGGAAUGGGGCCGGUAGCAGCAUGACGUACCAGGCCGUGCAGAACGUGGGCGGCAUGAGCGCGUGGCCACCGUUAGCGAGCUUCACGACGGGCAGCGUGUACGAGAUACAGGCCACGGGCGUGGGCGGGCACCCGAUGCACUGGCACGUCAACUCGUUUCAGAUCCAAAGCAUGGGUGGAGCAGCCUCCCUUGGCAACGGUUAUUUCCAAGCUGGAGACUGGCACGACACGCUUUACCUCGAAGCCCUAGGAGGUGGCACCCUGGUUGCCCGCAUGAACACCGACAGGUUCACUGGCAAAAUGGUUGUCCACUGUCACAUCCUCAGCCACGAGGACAGCGGGAUGAUGGGCUACAUCUCGCUCACUGGCACGGAGGGAGCCGUUUUCGAAGAGGCAAAGACUCUCGACCCCACCUGCUACGACAUCGCUUUCGCAGUCGCGUCGGCCCCGACUUCAUCACCAACGCCUGUGGAGUCAACUAUCACGCCGUCGACUACCGCGCCGUCAACUAUCACUUCUACUGCUUCUGCCACUUCCACUUCCGCUCCCGCUUCUAGCUCUACCACGUCCGUGUCCACUUCCACUUUCUCUUCGCUUGUUACCCCUACUGCCGCUUCCUCUGCCACUUUCACUGCUUCCCUUUCCACUUCCACUUCUGGUUCUGUGGUUGCCACUACUACCGAUUCCUCUGCCACUUCCAUUUCUGCAGUUUCCACUGCCACGUCCACGUUCAUGACCACGUCCGCUUUUACUGUCGCUUCCUCUGUCACCAGUACCACUUCCAACUACUGCGGUUGCUCUGAUGAGUUGGAGCCUGUCUGCGGAUUCGAUGGUGCCACAUAUUCCAGUGCUUGCUUCGCCGAGUGCUACAUUGGGGGGUACCAGUACGACGGGGAGUGUGUUGGAGCAUCGCUCGACUGCGGUGCCUGUGCAGAUUCGGACCGAGACUGUAAGCCAGAUGCAUCCGCCACCUGGGAUGAGGUGAUCUGCGAUGAUGGGUACUUUCCUGUGCUAGGUUAUUACUGCCAUCCAGGGUGCGAUUCGUGCUUUGGCUGCUUCGUGGACGGGACUGCCCCCACAACGCCGCCAACAUCUACCGCUCCAGUCCGCGGCCCUGCAUCACUCAUCUUUCUAGUAGGGACGAUGCUGUUGCAGUGACAGUGCCCUCGUUGCCGCGCAGACCUGUGUCGGCCACUCUGCCAGGUGCAACGAGGUUCUGACAGGAUGGUGGUGAGGUGCAUGUGUGAUGACAUGUCCUCUUUCCCUUUCCUCCUCCGUCUUCUGGGUCCCCACUCCUUUCUGAGAAGGGGUGCCGUGGGUUAGUCACAAUUCGGCGACCGUGGUGGGACCGCAGCCAUGCAGCUGCGACGGCACACACGAGUCUCCUUGUGGCUGUGGCGACUCUGGCGUAAUUCCUAGCUGGACAGUGACACGUUGACAGCGACGGGCCGGUCCAAACAGAUUCGAGCCGAUGGGAACCGACUAGAACUAAUUCCACAGGGCCUUUGGGCUUAGGUGGUUUCUGGCAGCCCUGCUUGAUCAGUCGCAGGGUUUAUUCUUGCAAGCUGCGGCCUGGUGUCUUCCAUCGGGAAAAGGCCGUGCGCCAGAGCGCACACACUUUUUAUCACGUGUGCAUGGGGCUGCCCUCGCGAUGGCGGUGUGCGCAACCACUCGGCACGAAUAAUCUUAAUCAGUUGAUUUUUGUCCGCGCAUGACAGUCACCCUGUGUUGUGACCAGCGUUUCAUAGCUCGACAGUGCCUGCUUACUUCUGUCGAUCUCGAGUCAGUUUUCGCGGUCACUCAAGACAGUACCACUGGUAAAGACUACGAUCACAACGUCUUUUUAGGAAGAGCUUGUGAAUUUCGCAGGCAAGGAUAUCGGGGGUGCGGAGUGAUGCCACGCGUGGCAUGCGUUUCCCAAUUCGCGUCGAGAAGUACUUUCAAGCCAUGUUGUAGAGUUUUUCUUUGCUGGCAUUCGGCGUCACGUCCGUUGCAAUGGCGCUGGCUAAACAACAUCGUGGCUGCACUAGCGCUUCAAGUCAUGCCAAGCCCGCUGCAAUGGCGACAAAAUUUAACAACAGCAACACGCACCAUUAUCGAAGACCGGAUGACUCAAAGCGCGCGUUGCGUCGCGAUCCCUUAGUCGGGAGAAAUAGCAGGGUGUGGGGGGU